GUGAACUCAUUCUCUCAAACUUAAAAGAAAACUAUAAGUUGAAAACCACGAGCCUUAACAUUUAAAGUUCUUACAUGUUCUAAGCUCAAUGUUCGAAAAUCAAAAGUUUAAAAAGAUUCUUCCAGAUCAUAGACGCAACAAUAUUGUGUUCGCGUUACUUUUGCUCAGCGCUAUCAGUUGUUGUCUGUAUAUUGACUCCAUUUAUAUUGAGCUGCCAUAUUUGGUUCCCUACGCCCCAGAGGGAUGGGAUUUGGGUGCCUUUACUGCUGUUCUAAAUGGCAUUGGGAAACUGAGUUUGUUCGCGACACCUCUAGCAAUCAAGUUUGGGCUCCGAAACACCGUGCAUGUAUGUAAUCUAUUGGGAGUUAUUAUAGGCACUUCCCUGAUAUUUAUGUGGGACAAAACGAUAGCAACUAGUUUGUUUAGUUACGAUUUGAGUAUUGGGUUUAUAAUACACGCUGGACUUUUGUUUGGAAUCGAUUCCUUGAGGUCAACUGUGUUUUUUAUGCACUUGGAACAAGAUUACCCGGAGCCGUUUCUGACAGCCGGAAUCGUGGGUCAAGUUUCCAGUGGAGCUGUUACAACUAUCAUGUCAUGCCUACAAGGGUAUCGCGUGGCUUUCAAGCCCACACAACCUCUACAAGAGACUGAACGUGCUAUAUCGAAAAUGUCGCUUGAGUUUUUAUUCGGACCUCAAGUUGCAUUCUCCGUUAUUCUGGGAAUAUUAUUUGUAUCUUCUUUGUCUUUUGUUUUCCUUCAGUGUCUGGUUUAUAUAAAUGAAAAAUUUCAAACUGAAAAACCAGCUGAACGAGAGAUUUCCGAAUAUUCUCCACUUAAUGCAGUUUCUAACCAGAAAUACUUCUUGUGGGGGGUGGCAAUGUUUUCGUGGGGAAGUCUCUGCGCGUAUUCGCCCACGUUUUUCACCUUCACCGCUCUUGCCUACAAUCAAAGGUGUUACACUUUGUCAGUUCUCCUUUGGGGCGUGACCUUACCUCUCACAGGGCUAUUUGCGCACUUCAAACCGGCAGAGCGAAAGAUCACAUUCGUUACGCUUAUUUCAACUUUGUGCACAAUAUUUGCUAUUCUGACACUUAUUGCACUGGAGAGUCCGCAUCCUCCAUUCAUAGACAGUGCAUUAAUGCAAGCGUGCAUUAUUAUUAUGUGGGGUUCAGAAUCAUUUCUGUGCUACCUGCUCUACGCAUCAGCACUUCAUAGCUUACAAAACUCAGGUGGUCCAGGAGCUUUUAAAUGGGGUGUAGUUCUAUCACAAGCAGCAUCUACUGUGCUAGGUCUUAUCUGCUUCUGCAUUAUCAGCUUCACCAAUAUAUUCACUGACGAAGAUGCAUGAAGUCCGUUACGAAGGAACACAAUUUCGGAGGAGCUCUGCGACAAAAACACAGACUAACA